AUAUAAAGACCUAUGUAAACACCUCUUCUGGAAAUCAGUUUGCUAGUGAUCAUGUUUUAACACAAGAAGAUUCCUUUAUGGAAACAGAAAUCAACAAAUCUCAGAAACUAAACAAUGAUGUAUUUGGAAAAACAAUUUUAAAUGGAAAUAACCUAAAACAUUGUAAUAUACCUUACAGCGGUAAGAAACCAUACAACUGUGUAACAUGUGGGAAACAAUUUGGAAAUAAUAGUAAUCUAAAAACACAUCAGAGAAUACACACUGGUGAGAAACCAUAUUGUUGUAUUGUUUGUGGUAAAAAAUUUGUAAUUAAUAGUAGUCUAAAAAGACAUGAGAAGGUACACACUGGGGAGAAACCAUACAGUUGUGUAAUAUGUGGUAAACAAUUUGGAACAAAUAGUAAAUUAAAAUUGCAUCAAAGAAUACACACUGGGGAGAAACCAUAUGGUUGUAUAGUGUGUGGCAAAGAAUUUGGAAGAAGUGGUACCCUAAAAAUACAUCAGAGGAUACAUACUGGUGAGAAACCAUAUCACUGUUUAGCAUGUGGCAAAGAUUUUGGAACAAACAAUGAACUAAAAAGCCACAUGAAAGUACAUACUGGAGAGAAACCAUACAGCUGUGUAGUGUGUGGCAAAUAUUUUGGAAGAAAUGGUGAACUAAAAAGCCAUGAGAAAGUACAUACUGGAGAGAAACCAUACAGUUGUGUAGUGUGUGGCAAAAGCUUUGGAAGAAAUGAUGAACUGAAAUUGCAUCAGAGAAUACACACUGGAGAGAAACCAUACAGUUGUGAAAUCUGUGGAAAAGAAUUUGGAAUAAGUAGUAACCUAAAAACACAUCAAAAGAUACACAGUGGACAGAAACCAUACUGUUGUGUAGUGUGUGGAAAAAAUUUUGUAAUUAAUAGUAGUCUAAAAAGGCAUAAGAAGAUACAUGCUAGAGAUAAACUUUAGUACUGUGUAGUGUGUAGGAAAACAUUGUCUACAAAACUUUUUUUCAAUUAGCAUGAGUGGAUACGUAGUUGUAACUUGUGUAAUGUGUAGUAAAAUAAAAACAAAUAAUAAUCAGUGUAAAGACUCACACUGUGGGUAGACCAUAAAAUUGUAAGAUGUGUAUAAUUAUAGUGUCUGUGACAGAUAAUACAUUUCUAAAAUUGCAUCGUAUACUUAUAGAAGAGUUAAUCAUAGUGUUAAGAUGCCAGUCACUAGGAGCCCAAUUUUAUAAGAUUAACGGAUAUUUUCUUAGGAAAAUGAAUGGAAAAGUGGUGAAAAUAUAGAACAAGUUUUACAUGAGAAAAAGGAAUUUUAGCCUCUUCCUUGGAUUAACAUAAUCCUUUACUGCUUCUGCUUCAUUUAACAAAUAAAUUAGCAACUGCUUCAGAGCAUAAGUUAACAUAACAAUAAUUCACUGCUUCUGCUUAAGAAACUUUUGCUUAAGUUAACAUGACAAUCAUUGACUUCCUCGGCUUAAGUAAAAAUCACAAUCACUAACUGCUCCAGCUUAAGUUAACAUAACAGUUACUGACUGCUUCUGCUUAAAUUAACAUCACAAUCACUUACUGCUUCAGCUUAAGUUAACAAUCAUUUCCUUAAGGUAACAUGACAGUCGCUAACUACUUCUGUUUAGUUAACAUGACAAUUGUUUUAUUGUUGGGUUCAACGUACACUAGUUACAAAUUAAUUUCUUUAUUACUUUUGUUAUAGGCAUUCAUGGGUAAUACUCAAGCCACUAACUUGAGGAAAUUUAUAUAAGGAACAAAGAAACAACUCAGAGACCAGGUAACAUAAAACAUACACUUAAUUGAACAAAUUCGACAAUUUACAGUCACAUUGUUCCCUCCAAUAUUUGGAUGUCUCAUGAACAAUUCUUCUACUAUUUGGAUGUCUCAUGAACAAUUCUUCUACUAUACUUAUUAAUAUCUCUACAAUACUCAGUAAACCAUUAAGUAGCUUGACUUCUAUAAGACCUGUUACGAUAAACUCUGUACUAGAUAUGUUACUAAAUGAAGUAGAGAAGGCAUUGAAGUUUAAGUUGUGAAAGUUCUCCAUAGAUGUUAAGUCUGACAUCUUUUCAGAGAAUUCACUGAAGAAUGGAAGGACUCCCAAAUCCUUUCUUGGCAGUAAUUUCUGUUUGUUGACUUCUCCAACUAGAAGAAGACAACCAGGGAUGCUCAGAAACCAUCUGUUUCUCUUCACCUCACACAUAAAUGGUUCAGAAGUAUUGAUAAGGUUGGAGUAGAAGCAAGAGUUUAUGAUAUACAUUUGAAAUAGGGUUAAGUUGGUUGGUGAUGCCACCUGAGUCAAAGCUCUGGAGAAGGAGGAAGAGAGAGCUGGAAAACUUCUAGGCAGACCAAGAUCUGCCACAAAAAAGCCAUAAGAGUACACUUACACAAAUUUAUAUGUGGUGUGUGAAUAUACACCUAUCUACACACACACGCAGAUAAAUACUUAUGAUAUCAUGGUUUGAGGAACCUUGGGGGCAUGAGAAUGGCCCCUUUUCAGGGAGGUGGGGAUAUAAAAAAUCAUAAUCCAGGGCAAGGAUCUAGUGCCCAGAAGUUUGAUGUUGCACUGGUCAGGUACCAAAUAGUCUAUCUGACCAGUACCCAAGUUGUAAGGCUAGAAUAGAGAAAUUUUGUUAAUCGACAUGUCACGACAAUUUGAUAUGAUAACUAAGGAAUUAACUUAAGUAGUAGAAUUAUAUGAGUUGUUUAUCAGAUUAAAUGGGGAUAGGUACCUUUGCUGUGACUUUGAAUAUUGUAAGAGGAUGCUAGCUUGUAGUAGCAGGAUGCUAGUUUGAUGAAGCAUGUCUUAAUUGGAUGGGGGGGGGAUAGGGGGGGAGGUGAUUAUCUGUAUUGGUUCAGUCUGCGUGGGAGAAAUCGAUAAUUUGUGAAUGCUGAUAAUUAAUGUAAGAAAGAGUUUCAUAUUUGUUAAAGGGUAUUGGGUUAUGAUCGUCAUCAAUGUUAUUGUGAACUAGAAAGUUGAAAGUAUGGGAGGUAAGAGAAGCAGGAACAAUAGCUAGGUCUAGUAGAUCUUGGGAUCCAUCUAUGUGUGUUUGUGAGAGUCAUGUCAUUAGUAUUAAUUGUAGCAAUAUUAUUGUCCUUUAAACAUUUGUGUAAUAUCUUGCUGUGUCUGUUACUCAGCAGUUGAAAUCUGAGUUUUUGGAGUUGAGGUUGCCCAUGAUAACUGUUUUGGGAUAAUUAUGGACUGGAGAAACGUUGUAUCAGGGGGAUGGGGUUGGUAAAGCAUUUAGGGUUAUUAGGCAGGCUGAUCAUGGGUAGGCUCGGUGGAUGAAUUUGGCAUAUUAAACAUUUGUUAUUGCAGGAGGAAGGACCUGAUGGGAAGGUUACUUUGAGAUAUUUUUUUGUAUAAUAAAGCAAUACCUCUACUAUGUGAUUUCUUGGGUUUUUUAAUCAUCUUGUAAUUAUUAGGUAGAACAAAGAUAUGGCUAUUAUUUAAUAAUGUCUCAUUUGAGCAUACAAUAUCUACUUUAAUUGAAUUGCACAAUUGAAAUAGUUCAUACUUCUUUUUAUGCAAUCCUUCCUGAAUAUUAACAUGUAGGAAAUGUACCAUAAUAACAAGAUAUCACUUACGUGUUCAGUUCGUGGUCUAGAACAACAUUGUUUAAUGACCUUCAGAAGGUAUAUCAUAUUGGCAGUCACAGUCUCCAAAGUACUAGGUGGUUGCAGCCCUACAUAUCUCAAUGGCAAGGUGCAUGAUGUCAACACUGUUGGAGUUCUUCCUGCAUGGGCCUAUGACGUCCGUGAUGAAUGCUGUGAUCCUGGCAUAGAAGACGUUGACGUCAAGCAUCUGCAUUGGCCAUUCCAGUGGUAAAGCCCAAGCUACUUCUGCAUACAACUUUAGUGCAGUUGAAGGUUGUAUUUCUUGGGUAUGUACUGGGUUAUGAGUUGAGGAGUUGCUGGUGCGAAGAAGAUCGGGGUACUCAGAUUGAAAGAAUUUUUGGUGGCUGGCUGGUUCCCCAGUGGGGAUGGUGGUCUGCUUACAAAUGCUUGUGACUGUCUUGAACUUCAGACAACCAUGGUAUGAAGCAGCAUGAGGUUGCACUAGCAUUAUGACAUACUAUCAAUCAUAUACUUUCUUUCCCAUUUCUCUUAGAGUUUGAUGCAUUCUUAUCUGUAUCUCUGAUGUGUUUAAAAUCCAUGCUGCUCAUCCACUGCCUUGUAUGUGUUUCCUUUCAAACAUCCCUGCUCUAUAGGGUUCAAGUUUAAUGUUUAUAUUUCAUUAUCUCCUUAAUUCUGAACUCUUACUUGAACUUGGUGUGAGGUAUUUAUUGAUAUCUUGAUAGUGCAACCUAGUCUCCAUAAAUUUCUCUACAACCUGUCCAUUUAAUGGCAUCUGCUUCCUCUUAAUAAACUGAAUUGCUGGUUUUUCUCCCUUUUCCAAUUAAGCAUGUGUCCACUUAUUCUGAGUUUCUUCAUGGCCUUAUUCAGUGAUCCAUUUCACUUAAUUACAUCAGCAUCCAAGCACUUUUUCAUUACUUUGUUUGGUUAACUAAUAUGUACUGUAGUUUUCUAUGGCAUUCCAUUUCUGUAAUUAUCUCAAACCAAAUUUUAUACUAAACAUUUUAAGUUAACAUGACAACCACUAACUAUUUCUGUGUAAAUUAACAUGACAAUCACAAAAUAUAUUUUGCUUAAGUUAAUAUGACAAUCAUUAACUGCUUCUAAUUAUGUCAACAUGAUAUUCAUUAAUCACACUUCUGCUUGUAUUAACAUAAUAUUCCAGUGUGUGGAAAAAGGGUUGCAAGAUCAAACAUCAGGAUGAUGUACAAACUCUAGAGAUAGCAUCCAAGUAUGAUUUUUAGCUAGAUUUUUUCAGUAGUCAUUAUAUUCAGACAGAGGUGAAAUUGUAAAAAAAAAAAGUAGAGGUACUCAACUGGAUGAAGUGGACCUGUUUUUGAAAAAGAACAAGAAAUCUAUGUGUAAACAUAAAAAAAUGACAAAGCAAAUAAGUUCCAGUGCUACUACCGCCAUAAAAAAUAAGUUUCAGUACCAGUGAGUACCAGCAGAAUUUCACUUCUAUAUACAGAAGUGUGGUAUGUGUUACAAAUAACUUGGAAAGAGACAAAUUUUCAAUAUGACUACAAUUAAUAAAAUCCAUUGUAAUGAUUGUUAGUUGUAGGGUGAUGAAAAACGAAUAUAAUUACCUGAUUAUUUUCUGCUCAUGUUUUUACUUAAGAUAGGAGAGAUGUGCACAUUUUAGAACAAUGGAAUUGAUUUUUUGAUGUUAAAAAACGAGUUAAUUGUAACAGUUGAGUUUACAUGAUGCACCCCUUGAAUAGUUAUGAUUUAGUAAUCUUGAAUAGUUGUGUAUUUUUCUUUUAGUGAAUAUAUAAAAAUUAAGCAUUUAUAAGUU